CAUUACCGCCAUUACCACCAUCGCUGCAUUAUGCGCUUUAACUCUCUUAUCCUGUUUCCUUGCCCUUAACUGUUCCUCACCUGUUUGGUGCGUUAAGCCCCGAAUCUGCAACCCGUAUAUUUAGAAAGAAAUUUUUUUUAACAAAAGCGAUACAUUAUAUUCCAUAUAAACGCAUAUAUUAUGUGAACAUAUGCAUAUAUACGUAAGUGUAUGUGUAUGUGAGGGGUGACUGCACCUACAUACAUACAUACAUACAUACAUACAUACAUACAUACACACGUACAUACAUACACACAUACAUACAUACAUAUGUGCGUAUGUGCAUAUAUGUAUAUAUACAUAUAUAUAUAAAAACAUAAAUGUGAGUGUGUGUGUGUGCGUGUGCGUGUGCGUGUGUGUGUAACAAAACAAACAUACACGCUAUCACCGUUACUACCAGACCCUUUUCUACUUUACCCAGUUUGCAACAAUGCUUAGGAUACAAGUUAUUAGAGCACUGCUAAUGACUAGAUGAAUCCUUCUUCAUUAAUGUACACCUAAUUAUUGUUACAGUUGCCUGAAUACAUUUACCUCUGGUUAUUUGAUCUAAACAAAAUUUAAAAAAUAUACUGAUUAAGAAGAAAAAUGAGUUUCAUUUUCUUUUAAAAAGCUGAAGCCACAGUGCCAAAAAACAACUGGAUAGUGCUUAAUUGUCAUGGCAACAGAGAGAAAGAUGGUGCAACAAAACGAUAACAGUCCAUGUCCAAUCCAGACAGCUGCAAUACUUACUGUGAGAAUGGUGAUGCAAGGAAAAGAAGUAGGAAGUAUAAUUGGAAAGAAAGGAGAUAAUAUCAAGAAAUUCAGAGAAGAAAGUGGAGCUAAAAUUAACAUAUCAGAUGGCUCUUGCCCAGAACGAAUAGUAACAAUUACAGGUUCUUUAGAGAGCAUUAACAGAGCCUUUACAAUGAUUUGUAAAAAAUUUGAAGAGGAUCUUCAGAACACACCUACGGUGCCUAAGCCUCCUGUUACUCUCCGAUUGGUUGUGCCAGCCAGUCAAUGUGGCUCUUUAAUUGGAAAAGGAGGCUCAAAAAUUAAAGAAAUCCGAGAAAGUACUGGGGCCUCAAUUCAGGUAGCCAGUGAAAUGCUUCCCAAUUCUACUGAACGGGCUGUGACAAUAUCAGGGACGGCAGAUGCAAUUAUACAAUGUAUCCAAAGUAUCUGUUCUAUUAUGUUGGAAGUCAACAAUGGAGUGGCUACCACAGACCCUUUCUUACACUCUCCUACUUAUCCUUUAAAUUCCUUUUACCUUCCUUUUCUCCAGUCCCCUCCUAAGGGAGCAACCAUCCCAUACCGUCCAAAACCUGUAAUGCCUCCAGUGAUAUUUGCUGGUGGACAGGCAUAUACCAUUCAAGGACAAGUACCAGUUCCAAGCCCAGAAGUCAAUAAACUGCAUCAUCAAUUUUCUUUGGGACAGACUGUACCAAUUAUCCCUGCAGCGUCUCAAACAUUGUUACCAGGACAUCUUUCUCUCCCAGGUGUUUCUCCAGUUUCAUUUUCUCGACCAAAUAAUGCAGCUGCUACAGUACAAAAUAGUCAACAAACGACUGAAAUGUCAAUACCAAAUGAUUUGAUUGGGUGUAUUAUAGGACGUGCUGGACAGAAAAUCAAUGAAAUUAGACAAAUUUCAGGUGCUACAAUAAAGAUUUCUAAUGCAGAAGAAGGUUCUUCUGAUAGAAAAGUAACAAUAACUGGAACUCCUGAUACAAUUGGGUUAGCUCAGUACCUCAUUAACACCAGGUUAUGGCUUUGAUCUUGUGCAAUUAUGACAAAUUGUUAAAUAAUGGGGGUUGUGAACAUUUCAGCUUGUUCUUUCCUUCUAAGGACUAACAUCAGCUGAUGUACAUCUUUUGAACCAAGUUUGUGCCUUUUUGCAAUGCAUUCCCUUUUCUAGUAGAUUGAUUGUCAAUUGACGACAGCACUGCAUGUGCAAUAAAGACACAAGCCCUAUCAAAGCAAACAUACCUUUACAAAUAUAACUUAUUUUUAUAAAACAAUUUGAAAUCAAGAAUAGAGUUAAAAUUAUAAUGGAUUUCUAUUAGAAACAUUGAUCUCUUGAAGAAUGUUGAAGAUUUUUCAUUUUGAAAACCACUGACAAUCCAGAGAAAAUUUCAUUAAAAUUUUCUGAAAUGGACAGUGCUCAUCUUGCUGUCAACUAGUAUAGAAACUGGUAUUCAGACUGCUAUUAAACAUAUGAAUUAUUUAAUAUUUAUUAAAGUUCAGAAAAAUGUUCAGUUUUGUUAAUACUAUAUUUUGUCUUCAGAAAUCAUUAUUAAAUAAUCAUAUUAGUAAAAAGAAAAGAAAAAAAAAGAAAGCAAAAUGUGUAAAAGGAAAGCAAUAGAGAGCCUAAAUGUUGUUCAAGUCAUGAUUACUCUACAUUGAUUCAAAUACUAAAAUUAACUUAGUGAUGUUUCUAAGCAAAGAAGUUAACUGAAGUUUCAUAAAUGAAAGCAAAAGUCAUUAAGAAGUCUUAUUCAUUUUUACUAGUUUGCAAUGUCUUGCUUUUUAAGAUAUUUAUAUUUUAAAGUUUGGGACUUGAAAAUUAUUUAGCAAUCUUUAAUUUGAAUUUAAUUUUUAAUACCUAUUUUCAAUAGUUUAGAAAUUGACUUUCCUUCUGUACCUCUUCUAAAGAGAACUAGUAAAAUUUAAAAUAAGGAUGCCACUGUUUCAAUAACUGUGGCCUUUACAAAUGUUGUGUGUUCCUACUUUACACUUCUAGACAUCAUGAAUGCUUGUGACCAUCAGUUUUUAUUUGUAUCCUGCACUAACUUUUAUUUUAACUUUUGGUCCUAAUAAUUUACUUUCUUCAAACAAUAAUAUUUAAAUCAUAAUCUGUUGUUAUUCCAUUUCAUAUAAUUUUUAAAAACCUAUUUUAAUUGUUAUCAUUUAUAUUUCUGGUCUGCACAGUUAUUUUCAUUAUUUUUUAUUGCAUUGUUGCAUGUGGAAUUUGACUAUUAGGUUGGAGCUAUGCCACUCUCAAUCUGCCUUGUCUUGCUGUUGUGCAUGUGAUCAAGCACAUUGUCAUGCCACAUGCAGACACAUUUUUUUGUUAAAAGAGCUACAUUUAACUGGUCAUUUCACAAAAUACAUUUUAAUACAAAUUCUUACAUAAGCAUAUAACUGUAAAGCCAUAUGAAAACAAAAGAAUUUAAAAAAAACAUGUAAAGUCUUUUUAAAAUUAAAUUAAUAUUUCAUCUUUUUUUUAAUAUAUAUCCUUUUGAGUAGAGGUAUAUUUAAUUAUCUAAAACAUUCUAUAGCAGUAUUUAAAAAAUGACAAAUAUAAAUGAUCUCAGCAAAAUUUCAUUUGACUUUCUACACCUUAAAAUGAAAAAUUGCACUAAAUAUAUUUCUAAUUAAUAUUAAUAGCUAUGAUAUUAUAACCCAUUAUAGUUAAUUAAAUUUAAUGCUGUAUAUGACAAUAAUAUCAUAGUAAGAUUUUAUUUCAUAAUUUUAAAUCCAAUUAUAUGAACAGCUGUACAUUAAGAUUUUCUAAAAUAAAAUUGAUAUUUUAAUUUAAAUUUUGCAAUUAAUUGCAUUACAAAUGAUUAUACAAUCCAAAAUAUAUUGUAUAAUAUCCAGAUAUUUAAAUAACUGGAGUUAGAUGCUACAAGAUUAUUGCUCCCAUAUAAAAGAAAACUAUUAUUUUAAAAUCUUUAUUCAUACACAUGAUAUGUAUUAAAAUUUUUAUAAUGAUUAUAUUAUUGAUUUUAAAGUAGAUAAAGUUUUUUCUUUUUGUAUGGGAUUUAUAAUUCAUAAGUAUUUUAUUUUAAGGAAAAAUAAUUUUUGUCUCAAAAUAAUUUUUUCCAAAAGUGUUUUACCAAAUUUUUU